GACAAGAGACAAACCGUGCUCGAUACGCAACCGUCGUCUUCUUUAUCCUCUUCUCGUAUAUCAUUUCUCAGAGGAAAGUUUCUUUUUUUAGCAAAUACUUUUGUUCCUGUAAGCUUUGAAAGUUGUCUCCUUUUGUUAAGACCAUGUCGUCUACUUCUUUCACCGACCUCCUUGCUUCCUCCGGCGUUGACUGCUACGAACAAGACGAAGACUUUCUUGGUGGGUUUUACCCGGAGAGAACCGGGUCGGGUUUACCCAAGUCUAAGACGGCUCAGCCUCCUCCUCUUCCGAUUUCACAACCUUCUCAUGGUUUUGCCUUCUCAGAGUUACUUGACUCUCCUCUUCUUCUCAGCUCCUCCUCUCAUAGUUUGAUAUCUCCGACGACGGGAGCCUUUCCAUAUCAAUGCUUCAAUGGAACAAACAAUCACUCAGAAUUUCCCUGGCAGCUACAAACGCAACCGCAACCGCCAAACGCUUCUUCUGCUUUACCAGAAACAUAUGUUGUUCAAGAUCUCCAGAAGAAGCAGGAGGAUCCAGUUCCUCGCGAGUUUGCAGCAGAUCGCCAGGUUAAGACACCAUCAUACACGGUGGUAAGAAGGAACUUUAAUGAUGGUUAUGGUUGGAGAAAAUACGGCCAGAAACAAGUGAAGAAGAGUGAAAACCUUAGGAGUUACGUCAAGUGUACAUAUCCCAAUUGUGUUUCCAAGAAGAUUGUUGAGACUGCUUCUGAUGGACAGGUCACUGAGAUCAUCUACAAAGGAGGUCAUAACCAUCCUAAACCUGAGUUCACCAAGAGACCAUCAGGAUCAUCAUCAUCAUCUUCUUCGGCUAACGCGAGAAGAAUGUUUAAUGCAUCAUCAUCUGUUGUUAGUGAAACUCAUGAUCAGUCGGAGAACUCGUCUAUUUCGUUUGAUUGCAGUGAUCUUGAGCAGAGGAGCUUUAAAUCUGAGUAUGGUGAGGUAGAAGAAGAGGAUGAUCAACCUGAGAUUAAGAGAGUGAAAAGAGAAGGUGAAGAUGAAGGAAUGUAUGCACAAGUAAGCAGAGCUGUGAAAGAGCCAAGAGUUGUUGUUCAAACAAUAAGUGACGUUGAUGUUCUUAUAGAUGGCUUUAAAUGGAGGAAGUAUGGUCAGAAAGUUGUCAAGGGGAAUACUAAUCCAAGGAGCUACUACAAGUGCACAUACCAAGGUUGUGGAGUGAGGAAGCAAGUAGAAAGAUCCGCAGAAGACGAAAGAGCGGUUCUCACUACCUAUGAAGGAAGACACAAUCACGAUGUCCCAACCUCGCUACGCCGCUCAUGAAAACAAUACAUUCUUGGGACUUGAAAUCACUAGUAAUAACAUUAUAGGAUUUGGUAAAACACCUACUAUGGCCAUCUUUGUGCUAACUACAGUUUGUUUAUUUGUUUGGUUGUUUGUAACACAGUAAGUAGUAGUACAGGGUGGUGGUUAGUAUUUAUUUUAGUUUCUUGUGUUUUGUAUCUAUUUAUUAUCAUAUUUACUUAUUUAGUAAAGUUUCACAUGUAAACUUUUAGCACAAUUUUAAUCAACUUUAUGUGCAUUUCUUUAUCGUGA